GAAUCUUACUAUAAAGUGACCACAAAGUAGCAAUUCUGACUAGUCUUCACAUAUAGGAAGUAAAAAAGCAACUUAGUGGGAUAAUUUCUAUUGUAGCAAAUGGGAUAAAUACUAGUGUCUUGUGGAGAAGUUCUAAAAUCUAAUAAAUAAGUACUAAUAAAGCUGAAAUAGAUAGGUGCUAUUUGAAUAGUUACAAAUAAUGCUUAUUUAUAAUGGAAUAAAUAUGGCUAUUAGUCAGAAGUGAACAGUUUAUAUCUGAACUACAGAUCCCAUUAGAAUUCAUUGGCAAAAUGACAACAAGUUACUUUGCACUAAGGGGAGUAGUGACUAGUAACAUAGGACUAGCAAAGGAAAAAGUACUGUUGACCUUAAUCAAAUUAGAUGCCAUAUUGAAUUUAACAGGAAUGAAAACUAGCCUGUGAGGGAUAAACUUAGAGUCUUUACAAUGGCAAAAUGUAUCAUCAUUAAAACUCCUGGCAAACACAUUAUUUACAUGUAUUUACUAUAGUAAUAACAUGAAAUUAUGCAUAAUUAAAAGCAACUAAGCUUAAACCAAACCAUAACCACAAUUCUAUAGUAAGGUUGUAAGGUUGUUAAUUAAUAUUACUCAGAACUUAUUUGUGUAUUUACACUAUCAGUAAUAUAAAAGUAGUCCAUUUAAAGAAAUAAAUGUUAAAAUGGCUUGCCAUAAAAGCUCAACAAAUCAAUGCCAGCACACUUCAGUAGUUAUCUCAACCACUUCAAAGGCUGGUACACCAAGCUACGAGUCCAGAUGAGAAUUGAAAAUUUAACUAGAUCUCUCAGAUUUAUCAAGGUCUUUAUUUUCUUCGGUUUGUUUGGUAAUUAUGUGCUGCAUCGUGAUAGAGUGCAUUAGUAGUCUGUUCUUACCUGAGCUUCUCCUACACCACCUCAGCCUCUUUUAACUCUCUGUCUCUCAAAUGAGAUGACGUGUGCAUGAUUGGAAAAUCAUAGUUUGACUGUAGCCACUAAGAUUUAGAAAGUAAUAACUCAUGACAUAUGUGAUGGUACAGAGCUUGUUGUGUAAACUUGCACUGAAAUUGUAUUGCAACAAUAUUCAUUUUCCAAGCCACCUAUUUAUGCAUUCCUUCUGCAUGUUGGAAUCCCACUGUAAACAGUGAGUUUUUAGGCUUAAUGUGCACAACUUUACUGGCAUUUUAAAUGUUUGCUCUCUAUAGGUCUCUGGGGGCCACAACCUUUCCCUGGAGCGUCCCAAGUCCAUGAGCAUUAUUAAGAAAUAGAGGGUCCCAUUGUAAGAAGUCCCGUCUGUGGUAGUGAGGGGGGUGUAUAUGGGAUGCCGGACCACCCCAAUAAAAGAGAACCAGUUUGGUUUAUGGCAGAGCAGUUUUGUGUUUCUGAAGAGGUGAUUGGUCCUUUGUGAAUGUCUGCAGCUGUCAGUUUUAUAAGAGCGGCUUUAAAGGAAAGUUAAUUGCUUAAAGUGACAGCGUCUCUCAGACACCCUCCAGCUACUGUCUGUGUCCAAAUCAGAAGCAGUGUGGGCUGUUUCUAGACAGAAUUACACAGAAGGCCAAACUGCACUUGAGAAAGUUUGUCUGAAGUGUCAGGUGAUACACACACUUUGGAGGGGGAGCGAGUGUUUAGAUCUCUUGUUUCACUGUUGUACAAACUGUUGCAAUUUAAGCAUCAGCUCUUAAAGCCUUUUGAAAGUGAUGAGUGAUGCCAGAGGGGGUAUAUUUGAUCUGCUGCCCUGUUAAUCAUUUGCUCUAUGCAGUGUAUGCAUGGCUCCGUGAUAAAGGCAACUCUGCACCUUGUACUGUGGAUCUUGUUUGGUUGCAUACAUUUAGAGUAUGUUUACUGUGUAACAGUGGGCACCAAAGUCUGCGACCACAUUAAAAAUCUGUUUUUUUUUUUUUUUUUUUUUUUUUUCAUUUUUAACCUAGAAAUAAAGUUAAGUUAGAGUUAAGGAUUUUGAAACAUUAAAAAUGAAGAAACAUUAUGAAGUUGAAUAAAUACUAUGGAAGCUGUUUUUGCCACACAAAAAAAAGGGCUCCUGAAAAACCCCUGCUCAGUAGCGCCACCGUGUUUGCGGAGCCGGCCGGGCGACGCUGGCAGUUCGUCCAAUGGCUGCUCCGGCUUCACGGGUACAUACCCGCUACAACAGCGCAGGAUAUCCACAGACUCCUCUGGUCAGCUCUCGUCGCCUCCCCUGAGCUCCGUGGGUCACCGAGGCAUCAGUAACCAUCCUCUCCACCCGCCUCUGCUCAGCCCUUCCGCCAUGAACUCCAGCCCGGGUCAGCUGCACUCGCCCAUCAGCACCCUCAGCUCGCCCAUCAACGGCUUGCCCUCGCCGUUCCCCGUCAUCAACUCGCCCAUGGGCCACCCCUCCACUAGCAUGACCUUCAGACCCAGCCUGAGCCCACAGCUCAGUUCACCCAUGAAUGCCGUCAGUAGUAGUUCAGAGGACAUUAAACCCCCUCUGGGUCUGAACGGGGUGAUGAAGGUCCCAGCGCAGCCCACAGGCACAUCCCUCUCCCUCACUAAACACAUCUGUGCCAUUUGUGGAGACCGUUCAUCAGGUAAACACUACGGGGUGUACAGCUGUGAGGGCUGUAAGGGCUUCUUCAAGAGAACGGUGAGAAAGGAUUUGACGUACACUUGCAGAGACAACAAGGACUGUAUAAUUGACAAACGCCAACGCAACCGCUGCCAGUACUGCCGCUAUCAGAAGUGCUUAGCCAUGGGAAUGAAGAGAGAAGCCGUUCAGGACGAGCGACAGCGGGCGAAGGAGCGGAGUGAGGCUGAGUUCGGCAGCUGUGCCAAUGAGGACAUGCCCGUGGAGAAGAUUCUGGAAGCCGAACUGGCAGUGGAACCAAAGACGGAGACCUACGUGGAGGCCAACCUGAGUGCGCCUGCCAAUUCUGUGUCGCCUAACGACCCUGUAACAAACAUCUGCCAAGCAGCUGACAAGCAACUCUUUACCUUAGUGGAGUGGGCCAAGCGGAUACCUCACUUUUCUGAUCUCCCGCUGGACGAUCAAGUCAUCCUCCUGAGAGCAGGGUGGAAUGAACUCCUGAUCGCCUCUUUUUCACAUCGUUCUAUAGCUGUGAAAGAUGGGAUAUUAUUAGCCACAGGCCUUCACGUCCAUAGGAACAGUGCACACACUGCCGGUGUGGGAGCCAUCUUUGACAGAGUGCUGACGGAGCUUGUGUCAAAGAUGAGAGACAUGCAAAUGGACAAGACUGAACUUGGAUGCCUGCGGGCCAUUGUUCUGUUCAAUCCAGAUUCAAAAGGACUGUCUAAUCCAUCAGAGGUGGAGGCAUUAAGGGAAAGAGUGUAUGCAUCUCUAGAGGCCUACUGUAAACACAAAUAUCCCGAUCAGCCUGGAAGAUUUGCCAAGCUGUUACUGCGUCUGCCUGCCCUGCGCUCCAUCGGCCUGAAGUGUCUUGAACAUCUCUUCUUUUUCAAGUUAAUCGGAGACACACCCAUCGACACUUUCCUAAUGGAAAUGCUCGAAGCGCCACACCAAAUGACAUAAGGGAAUGGUUUCUUCUGCCAGAGGGUGCAGCUCAUGUACAGGACGCUACAGGAGGCCACAGGACACAUCUCUGAUCUCACAGGAAAAGACUGAACUCAUUGGCGUUUCAUCAGAAACAUUGCGCAAUCCACAAAAUACUGUGCAACCGUUCAUUACGGAAUAACACGCAGGAUGGAUUAAGUGAGUUUUUUCCUGGUUUGCAUGCAGUUCUGGAGUUUAUGGUUUCUCAUUUCUUCUGCCUUACAGAGGUCUACCUCUGCUUUUGUACACAGCCAAACCGCCUCAUCUCUGAACUCACAAUCAUUUCGCUGUGAAUUUUCAGAUUUCAUGAGAGGAAACAAAAUACCUCGGAUGCACUUCUUCAUGCAGCUGUCCUUAAAAAACACAUUACUGUAUCUGCCAUUGGAACAGUGAACAGGACCACAGUAACUUUUGUUUUUUCCCCCAGGCACUUAGAAAUUCUUUAAGCUGUAUUGCCAUACGUCAGGAUUCUUAAAGUUCAUCUUCAUGAGGAAGAAACUGCACACAGUUUGGCUUCAAGUCCUUUUCUUUUUGGAAGAUAUAUGGGCCUAUGAAUAACAGAAUGGUCUAAAAAGAAUGAAAAGCAGGUGUACUCCUGGCUGAACUCACGCUGGAUGAAAAUACAAUGAUUCAUUGUUAGAAAUGUGUAAAAAAAAAAAUGAUUGAAGAUUUUUCAUGAUGUUUUGCCGCUAUAAUUCAGCAUAAAUAUGUAUUAAGUAUUUCCAAAGAUUUUCAAUAAUGUUUAUAUCUAUAUCAUCUUAUAAUUCCCAGCAAGAGGGUGUUUGUGAUUUAAAAAUAGGCAAGGAGUUAAAGGAAUCCAGAUGAUGGUCUGGCCUCAGGGAAUUGCGAGGUUUGGGAAGUGCCAUGCCUGUCCCCUAUUGGAAAAGUUGUGACAUUGCAGCUGUACUCAUUUGCUAUUACAUGAGGUUUAACAGUUUUUACAGAAUGCUUGGCAAACACUGCAAAAUAACUAUUUCUAAGCCUCAGGUUGAUUCAAAUGCAAUUUUUUUGGUUCUGUUGUGCAGUCUUAUCUGUGUAAUAAGGAAGAAACUGUAAUAAUGAUAGAUUCCGUAACAUUUGUAUUGAUGCAUCAAACCUCAAUUGCAGAUUGAGCCAAUCUAAACCAGUGUUUUUAUGAUGAUGAUGAAUUUUAAUAACUAUUAUUGGAAUCGGGGAGGUAUUUGAGCUGCGUAGCAGUUUUCAUUAGCAGACAUUUUUGCAAAAGACCUACUGAUUUAGACGACACAUUCUGUCGAAUGAUAACACUAGGCCUCACAGCAACAUGAGUAUUCAGUCUAAGAUGCACAUAAACAGAAUAUACUGUCUAUGUGAUUGAUAUACACAACCUGAAGUUCCAGUGGUCAUGAUUUUAAGCUUCGACCAGGUUGAAAUUUGAAUCUGUGUCAUGGAAGAUCAGUGGACUUUUGUUUGUUCUGUCAUUGUACAUCUUUGGCCUUUCAUUACUCCAAAACCAGCAUAUUUAGAAUGUGCAGACAAGAACUAGACCCCUUUGCUGAGGUAUAGACAAAACACAGACAUUGUAAGCGCUCUUGGAUUCGCACAGUGUCAAACAGGGUUUGUUAAACCAUCAGGAGCAAGGCACAUUUGAUCUGAUAUCAGCUACAAUCCUGAUGUGCCACUAACAUGAAAACUGUAAUAUUUCCAUGUGAGACACCAAUCCAUCACAGAACAUGUCAGCAAAACACGAAAGAGAUGCAUUUUAAGAGAAUGAUCUAUUUUUGUACAAAAUGUAAUUUGUUUGCUCUAUGUCAUUAUUUCGUCUGUUCUAUAUUGUUCACAUUGUUGGUAUAAAUAUUCAUUUUUAAGUGGAGCCGUGACCUCAAACCUGGACUGAGGGAAGGGUUUAUGUGCAAAGGCUUCUCUGUUCCUCUGACAUUUGUUUUCAUGGUACCCUCACCUGAGAGCUGAGGACAGCUCACUCGUUCUUUUUUACAAGACAAAUGGAGGGUGUAUUGUGUAUUGACCUACUACAUUAUGUCUGUUCAAAGGACUAUUAAAUUUCAGAUUGUAAAAAAGACUGUUAUAUUAUCUUCAGCAAACAAAAGAACUAUUUGAGAGUUAUGAAUAAAUGGUGUUAUACAUG